AUGGCGCCCCAUUCCUCGCAAUCGUCGGCACCGUCGCCAUCUCUCAAGCGCAAGCAAGCAACCAUCUCCAGCUUCUUUGGCGGCAAGUCUUCUCCACGAACACCCUCCGAAACGACCAGCACCACGACCCAGGAAAAACGAUCCAAGAAACGAGCAGCCUCACCGGAACAGGAGAAACCCGCAGCGAAGCCCAUCCGCGAAGAAGACGACGACGAGGAUGACGACAUUGUGGUUCGACCCUCUAAACGUGCUAGAGUCACCUCUACCUCCACCUCCACCAAGGAUAGCUCGAGCAAAAUAUCAUUCAAGCCCAACCCCCCCACCUCACACACCCAGACCACCGAAAUAAGCAGCCAACGAACAGAGAUCUUCAAAUUCCAAAGCUCACCAGCAGCCACCGCACCAAAAGGUGACCAGCCCGAUGCCAACACCAACGCCGAGGACGCCGACCGAAGAAAAGAAAAAGAAAAGCUACACCAGAAAUUCGUCCGGAGGCUCGGAGGAGCAGAUUGCCUGAUUGGAAUUGGACGCACAGCCCCGGCAGCAAAUGAUGCCUCCACCGGCGCAGUCGAAGGCGAAGAAGACGACGAAGACGAACCAGCCCCACCACCAAAAGGCAAAGGCAAGAAGACCGGCAGCAAACUGACGCCGAUGGAAAAACAAGUCAUCGAGAUCAAGCGCAAACACCUGGACACGGUCCUCGUCAUUGAAGUCGGGUAUAAGUUUCGGUUUUUCGGAGACGACGCGCGCGUUGCGGCGAAGGAACUUGGCAUUGUGUGCAUUCCAGGGAAAUUCAGGUUCGAUGAGCAUUCAUCCGAGGCGCACCUUGAUCGCUUUGCUUCGGCGAGUAUUCCUGUGCACAGGUUGCAUGUUCAUGUUAAGCGGCUUAUUACGGCGGGGCAUAAGGUUGGCGUUGUGAGGCAGAUCGAGACGGCUGCGCUCAAGGCUGCGGGCGAUAAUCGCAAUGCGCCGUUCGUGCGCAAGUUGACUAAUCUCUACACUAAGGGGACUUAUAUUGAUGAUGUGGAGGGGUUGCAGGGUCCUGCGCCUGCGGCUGGGGGUGCGUCGCCGGCUACGGGGUAUAUGCUUUGUAUUACGGAGAACAAGGCGAAGGGCUGGGGAAAUGAUGAGCGGGUGCAGGUUGGGAUUGUGGCCGUGCAGCCGAAUACGGGCGAUGUGAUCUAUGACGACUUUGAAGACGGUUUUAUGCGCAGUGAGAUCGAGACGCGGCUUUUGCACAUUGCGCCGUGUGAGAUUUUGAUUGUGGGGGAGAUGUCCAAGGCAAGCGAGAAGCUUGUGCGGCAUUUGUCCGGGAGUAAGAUGAAUGUUUUUGGCGAUGCGGUGAGGCUGGAACGGGUCGGAGAGAAGAAGGGUGUCGAGGCGCAUAGUCAUGUUUCGGGCUUUUAUGCGGGCAAGAUGAAGGCUACGGGCGAGGAGGAGGAUAUCGUUGCGGCCAAGUUGCUGCAGAAUGUUCUGGGGUUGUCGGAGAAUGUGACGAUUUGUCUUUCUUCGAUGAUUGAGCAUAUGACUGAGUAUGGGUUGGAACAUGUUUUUGAUCUGACGAAGUACUUUCAGCCUUUCUCGGCGCGAUCGCAUAUGUUGCUGAAUGGGAAUACCCUGGUUAGUCUGGAGAUCUACCAGAAUCAGAACGAUCACUCUGCGAAGGGGAGUUUGUUCUGGACGUUGGACCGGACGCAGACGCGGUUUGGGCAGCGGCUUCUUCGAAACUGGGUUGGAAGGCCCUUGCUUGACAGGACACGCUUGGAAGAGCGCACAAAUGGCGUGCAAGAGCUGGUCAAUCCUGCUCGGGCGGUUCCUGUGGAGCGUGUUAAGAGGUUACUGAGUAAGAUUAAGAGUGACCUCGAGAAGAGUUUGAUUCGGAUUUACUACGGCAAGUGUACUCGACCUGAACUCCUCACUGUUUUGCAAACCAUGCAGACCAUCUCAAUGGAAUUUUCGGAGAUCAAGUCACCAGCCGACACAGGCUUUGACUCGACUCUCAUUAGUGAAGCCAUUGCCUCCCUCCCUACCAUUCAGGAGGAUGUCACCAGCUUCUUGGACAAGAUAAACAUGCAUGCCGCGCGAAGUGACGACAAAUAUGCUUUCUUCCGAGAGGAAGAAGAAACCGAGGACAUCAGCGACCAAAAGUGCGGCAUUGCCAGCAUCGAGCACGAUCUACAAGAACACCUCGCCGUGGCCGAAGAGCAAAUAGGCCGAAAGAAAAUUGAAUAUGUCACAGUCGCCGGGAUCGAAUACCUAAUCGAAAUCGAAAACAACUCCCUCGCCAUCCGCAAAAUCCCAGCAUCAUGGGUCAAAGUCAGCGGCACGAAGAAAGUCUCCCGUUUCCACACGCCGGCAGUCAUCCAAAUGAUCCGCCAGCGCGACCAGCACAAGGAAGCACUCGCCGCCGCCUGCGACAAAGCCUUCAAAUCCCUCCUCGCCGACAUCGCAACCCAAUACCAAUCAUUCCGAGACUGCGUCCAGUCCCUCGCCACACUAGACUGCCUCCUCUCCCUCGCAGCCAUAGCCCAACAACCCGGCUACGUGAAACCAGAAUACACAGACGAACCCUGCCUACACGUCGAACAAGGCCGCCACCCAAUGGUCGAACGCAUCCUAACAGACGCCUACGUCCCAAACGACACCAACCUCGAAAGCGAAGGCACCCGCGCCCUCCUCGUAACAGGCCCCAACAUGGGCGGCAAAUCAAGCUACGUGCGCCAAGUCGCCCUCAUCGCAAUAAUGGCCCAAAUAGGCUCCUACGUCCCCGCCGCCUCGGCAAAACUCGGCCUGCUGGACGCGGUAUUCACGCGCAUGGGCGCAUUCGACAACAUGCUCGCCGGCGAGUCAACGUUCAUGGUCGAAUUGUCCGAAACGGCGGAUAUUCUCAAGCAAGCUACGCCGCGCUCGCUGGUCAUUCUCGACGAACUGGGUCGCGGGACGUCCACGCAUGAUGGCGUCGCUAUUGCCCAGGCUGUGCUGGAUCACAUGGUGCGCGAGAUUCGUUCGUUGACGCUGUUUAUUACGCAUUAUCAGCAUCUUUCGCGGAUGGUGCGGUCGUUUCCCGGAAAGGAGUUGCGGAAUGUGCAUAUGCGGUUUACUGAGUCGGGUGUUGAGGGCGAUGAGGAGAUUACGUUUUUGUAUGAGGUUACUGAGGGUGUGGCGCAUCGUAGUUAUGGGUUGAAUGUUGCGAGGUUGGCAAAUUUGCCGGCUUCUGUGAUUGAUGUGGCGAGGGGGAAGAGUUCGGAGCUUGAGGAGUCUAUUCGGAGGAAGAGGGUGGCUGGACUGGUUGGGGCUGUUGGGAGGAUUGUGGAGGAGGGUGAUGGAAGUGAUGUUGAUGAUGAUUUACUUAAUCGUUUGAUGGCGAGUGUUGAGGUGGUUUAG